AUGGCCGCCGAAAAGCCCGAGAAGAAGGAGAAGAAGGACAAGAAGCGCAGCGAUGAGUCGGGCGUGAGCAAGUCCAAAAAGGACAAGAAGGACAAGAAGGAAAAGAAGGAGAAGCUUGCCGCUGCCGCGGAAGAUGAGCUCGAGCGCGACACAGCCGUCAAGGCCGCCGCCGUCGUGGUCAAGAAGGUCGCUGCCACGGAGGACGACUCUGACGUUGAGGUUGACGAUGCUUCCUCUCUUCCGGUCGAGAGGACUGUCGUGCCCUUUGCGGUGCCAUUGGCCGACGACAAGGGCACGAAGAAGGUUUUCAAGACCAUCCGGAAAUCUGCUAAGGCGAACACCCUCAAGCGUGGUGUAAAGGAAGUUGUGAAGACACUCCGCAAGUCACCCGCCGCCGGACCUGGCGUCACCUCUUUCCCCGGUAUUGUCAUCAUCGCCGGCGAUAUCUCCCCCGCCGAUGUCAUCUCCCACCUUCCCGUCCUCUGCGAAGAUCACAACGUUCCCUUCAUCUUUGUCUCUUCGCGCGCAGAGUUGGGUGCGGCCGCCAAGACCAAGCGACCGACCAGUGUGGUCAUGAUCAUGGAGAAGCGCGAGGGUGGCAAGAAGAAGAGCGACGAGAAGGAGGAGGAUGGCGAGGAGUUUGGCGAGAGCUACUCUGCGCUGGUCAAGUACUUGCAGAAGGAGCUGAGCAAGCAGGCCUUCUGGUCCAAAGGCGACGGCAAGGCAGUGGCUUAG